UCCAAACCAAAACAACACCCAAACCUCGUCCACACCCAAAAUGUGAAAAAAACUCUCAAAAACCAACCACACAACAAUCUCUUUCUCAUUAGAACCGAUCAGAGAGAGACACAGAGAGAAGCUGAUUUGAUUAUGGCUGCUGCUUCGAUAUCUGCAACUGGAUGUAAUCGAGGUUUGCUAGGAACUUCCUUCUAUGGAGGUUGGGGAAGUUCCAUCUCCGGAGAAGAUUUCAAGACACUUGCGCCGCCGCAACAAGCACGAGUCUCACGGAAAGCUAUCAGAGCAGUGCCUAUGAUGAAGAAUGUUAAUGAAGGCAAAGGGUUAUUUGCACCUAUAGUUGUUGUUACACGCAACAUAGUAGGCAAGAAGAGGUUUAAUCAGCUUAGAGGCAAAGCCAUUGCUUUACACUCUCAGGUGAUUACAGAGUUCUGCAAAUCUAUUGGAGCAGAUGCUAAACAGAGACAAGGGCUUAUUAGGCUUGCUAAGAAGAAUGGAGAGAGGCUUGGCUUUCUUGCUUAGUUCUUGAAAAAGAACAAAUCUUUUCCUCUGUUUUUCGUCUGUAUACACUCUCCUCAUGUUGUUCUCUUUGUCUAGAUGUAUUUUGUUCAAAACCUAUAAUCUUGAUUUUUGUUACAUUGCUCAAACAAAACACAUGACUGCUGCCAUUCUCAAUUCUCAUCUGAUAGUU